GGUGAGCACAUCUCCGAACAUUCUUGACUGGCUCCCUCGCAGCGAUGAUUCUGGACGCUAUUUCAAGCGUGGAAGAAGCCACAGAGAUCGGGGAGGGGCCAGGGCCUUUGUAACGCAGGAUGGCCUUGGAUGAAGAAUGGAAUCUGAAGGUGCGGACGCGACGAGAAGUUUGUUACUGGAGCAGUUGAGGACGGCACGCCAGACCGGAACUCAGCGGUCGUCUCCGUCUUCUGCUUAGGUUUUUUACGUCUUCACGAGAUCCGGCUGGAAGUGGAGAAGAAGCUGUGGAUGGACGGAGGGAGUCGUCCAUGUGGCUUGGACUGGUACUACUAGUGCAGCUGUCAAGAUCUUCUAGGGUUUGCUUGGCCAACGACCAGGGCGAUGAUCAAGAGCAACAGGGAUAGAGGAAUGCUUGAAUCUGAUCGCUAAGGGUUAGUCUGGCACCUCAUCGCCUGAGCGUUUUUUCUUGCGGUUUUGCUGGUGCUUCGGGUGCCAGACCCGGGGUUUUGGUUUUGGUUUUGGUUCUGGUCUCUCGUGUUUGGUAUUUUGUCGUAUCGGGGAGCGGGAAGAUGGCAGAUCGUGGUGACAAGCCAGAGGAAACUGUGGAUGGUCGGGGCUGUUUAGUUGGAAUGUGACGUUGUUGCGUCGAUUAGGAGGAGGACGGAGAUUUUUGACAUCGGCUGUGAGGCAGGGGAGCAGGGAGCGGCUUGGCAGUGUGCUACUUGACUUUUUGGUGGCGAAUGUGAUGACAUGCUGCAGAACGAGUGCUUCAAUGUUUUAUUUGUUUCCUUUUUUUGAUGCUGCCGGGGCGGAUAACAGAUGUGUUGUAUCUGGCGUGUUGUGUAGAAGUGGCAAUCUAAGAAACUAGAAAAGAGUGAGUGAGAGAAAGAGAAACGGAACGUUCAGCACCUGUUACGUGGUUAUUCGAGGGACGUUGUGGUUUUGUAAUUGUGGGAAGAAAUACCGGGUCGUAGUCAUUGUGGUGACGUGUAACGAUUAGCGGAGUGACAAGUUUUUGCGUCGAAUGCCUCUUUCAGUCGUAGAGGGAAGGUCUUGUCUUAAGUUGAAAGCAGAGAUAAAGUUAAUUUAUCCUCGUACAUCCUGCUCUGUUCGGGAACUUGUAAUCAAUUUGCGCUGAAUAAGCCUUCCUUUUCGACCCGUGUGAUCAACAAGUUUGGGAGGUUAGAGAAGUACGAAUAUAGGACGUAGUAGAGUAGCUUGUGUACAUAUCAGAUGGCGGACCCCGGCACAGAGAAUGGCUCGGAUGCACUAGCAAGAUUGGCAUCCGUUCGAGGUUUGAACUCUGCAGAGGAUGUGGUAAUGCAAUGGGAUUCGAAUUCUUCCGAUCAUGCCCGACAAUCUAAGAUAUGGGAGGGCCUUCAACACGAGUCUGACGCAUAUUUGGAAGCAGUCGAUGAGAUUCAGACUGCGUUGGAAUCGCUAACUGUUGGUGGGAACAACCAGAAGGAGUUGACGAGGGCACAGAAUUUAUGUCAGCUAGCCAUGACACGAUUGGAGGAGGAGCUCAGGCACCUGUUACUUACGUGCAGUGAGCCAAUUGACCCAGAAUGGUUAGUGGAUAACUGCUCUAGAGCUGGCUCAUUUAACAGUCGACGUUUAGACGAUGCUGAAGGUGGUAAUGACUUCGAUGCAGACGUUAAUGAUGACGUCGAUGCAGGCGUUGAUGGUGAAGUUGAUGCAGCUGAGCGCCCUGAUGAUGAAGAACAGCGUGAGGAUAAACCAUUCUCAAGACCCGUUGGGAACGUCAAUCCUGUUUUGGACUUCAUACCUCCGGCGACAGUGCUCGACUUGACUAACAUCGUGAAGCGGAUGAUCAUUGGUGGGUAUGAGAGAGAAUGUGUGCAGGUGUAUGCCAGCAUCAGGAAGAACGUAUUGGAAGAAACCUUGACAUUAUUGGGAGUUGAGAAAUUGAGCAUCGAUGAGGUCGGGAGGAUGAAGUGGGAAGAUCUGGAAGUCAAAAUCAGCAAGUGGAAUCAACGCAUGAAAGUGUGCGUUAGGGCCCUGUUAGCGAGUGAGAAGCAUUUGUGUGAAAGCGUAUUUGCUAAUGCACCGGUUAGUGUCGCAUGUUCUUGCUUUAACGAAUUGGGUAAGGGGCCGAUGAUGCAAUUACUUAGCUUUGGUGAAGCAGUAGCUAUCAGCCGUCGGUCUCCAGAAAAACUAUUCAAGAUACUCGACAUGUAUGAGACCAUACGGGAUCUUCUCCCAGACAUCAAAGAUACAUUCUGUGGUGAGGCGUGUGCACCCUUGAGGGCCGAUGUAGAGGCAAUACUGGCUCGGCUUGGAGAAUGUGCGAAGAGAACUUUUGGUGAAUUUGAAAUUGCUAUUCAACGGGAUGGUUCGAGAAUUCCUGUGCCUGGAGGCGGUGUGCAUCCCCUAACAAAGUAUGUUAUGAAUUACAUUAAGUUCAUGUGUGAUUAUUCUGACACUAUGAAACUGCUUUUCGACGAGAAGGAGUACGAUCUAGACGACGAGGGAGGAAAUGAAUCAAGCAGAGAAGGAUCUUUCAGGGAUGGUUCACUCAGAGAUUCACCGAGGUACUCAUCCAGAUCAAAUGAUGGAGAGAGAGGUGGCAGUACCGAAUUAUCUACGCUCGGUACCCAAACAAUCUGGGUAACGAAAGUUCUUCUGUCUAAUUUGGAAGAAAAGUCAAAGUUAUAUAGAGACCUGUCUUUGACCUAUUUGUUUCUUAUGAACAACAUUCACUAUAUUGUGCAAAAGGUUAAAACUACGGAGGUGAGGGCCGUUGUAGGGGACGAUUGGGUGAGGAAAAAUACUAGCCAGGUCAGACAAUAUGCUAGCAGCUACCAGAGAGCGGCGUGGGGUAAGAUUUUAUCAUGCUUACGAGAUGAAGGCAUUCACACAGGCGGGGGCUUUUCAAGCGGUGUUUCUAAGCCAGUUUUGAAGGAAAGGUUCAAGAGCUUUAAUGCUGCCUUCGAGGAGGUCCAGAAAGCACAAACAAGUUGGGUUAUCCAGGACGAUCAACUUCGUGAUGAGCUCCGCAUUGCCAUCUCGGAUAAGAUUCUUCCUGCUUAUCGUUCUUUCCUAGGUCGAUAUGGACAUUACAUGGAGACCCAAAGACAUCCCGAGAGAUAUAUCAAGUAUACAUCCGAGCAUGUCGAAGAGUUCUUGAACAAUCUCUUUGAAAUUCAUUCGCCCUCUCUUUCUUCAAGAGAUCUUCGAAGGAGAAGUUCUCACCAUGGAUCUUCUCACCAUGGAGAGGCUUCUGGACGUACCCUAUGUUCCUCUUCGGAUGAAGCGAUCAUAAUGUAUUCAGCAGUGUGAUGACGAACAAUCUUCUGUCAUUUGAGGUGAUGUGCUCGGCAUAUGCAUUUGGAGAUAAUUGACCAUCUCUAGAUGGCUGUUGUAUGUUUGAUUGGGUUCAUAGUUGAUCUCUACGGGUUCGAUGGAGUUGCCCACGUACUAUUUUAGGUUUUAGCAGGGGUCGAGGAUAAAGCUGAUUCUUGUUUCCAAUCAGCAGAGGAUAUACAGGCAUGUUCCUCAGGGUUUGUCAAAUCUUAUGAGACUCAAUAGUGUUUUAUUAUGUCACCAUGCGCUUCCAGGAUGUGUUAUUCCAUGAAGCAGGUAAGUUUGUAAGUAGGACAAUUGUUUCCUUUUAACUUUUAUGUCCAUGCGUGUUGACUC